AUGUCUUCCCGUUAUGCAAAGCUGAAGUAUUCUGGACAAUAUUCAGACAUCAUUGUAUUAGAUGAACAUUUCAUUGUCAAAAUACUUGACAAUCUUCCUCUUGAUGCGGCUGUUCCUCUUCUCUACGUUGGAAUUACAACUUAUAGUCUUUUAAGAUACUUUGGUUUGGAUAAGCCAAGAACUAAUUUAGGUGUGGUGGGUCUUGGUGGGUUAGGUCAUUGUGCGGUUAAGUUUGCCAAGGCUUUUGGUGUUAAUGUGACUGUUAUUAGUACUUCGAUUAACAAGAAGAAUGAGGCAAUUGAGAGGCUCUGUGCUGAUUCGUUCUUGAUUAGUAUUGAUCCUAAUCAGAUGAAGAGUCAUGAAAAGAUUGUCAUUGAUUUAAGGAUGAUGGGGAAUUAG